AGCUGAGCACGACUCCAGCCGAGAGGCGCCUGCAAAACCGCAGGCGGCGGGGGCUGCGGCAGCGAAAGCGAAGGAAAAAUCUCCAGCUGUACAUCCAGAAUCCUGGCCAUAGACUCAGAACUUUUACAGGUCGCUCUGUGAAGGGGUCCCCUUUCGCCCCCAAGUCCUCACGCAGAACAGGGCUUUGCCUUUCCCGCCGCAGGAAGGGGGACUAGGAGUUGCACGCAGCAGCAGGUGCAGAAAGGCGGGGUCUCUUGCUUCCUAGAACCGUGACCGGUGGAAUUUCUUCUUUUCCAGCUUAAUGCAGGAGAGACGCUGUCUCCAGAUUUCUGAACUCAAAUGCUUCCUGAAGCUUGAAAGUGAAGGGAUUCAGAGCCACCAGGGACAGGCAGACAGCGCAUCUAGAAGCGUUUUUCUGCUGAGCGCCAAUUCUCCUUCUGGCAAGGAGAGAGUUGUGCCCAGAAAGAACCUUCCGUCCUCUUUGGCUUAAGCGGGACCCUGAGCUCCAGACGCGCGCCUCAGUACUCUGCUGCAAAGGGGGCGUGUGUACAGAGAGGAGGGCUUUAGUGCUUCGCUGUAAAAUGGAUAACGUCCUCUCGGUGGACUCAGACCUUUUCCCAAACAUCUCCACUAACACCUCAGAGCCCAACCAGUUCGUGCAGCCGGCCUGGCAAAUUGUGCUUUGGGCAGCUGCCUACACAGUAAUCGUGGUGACCUCUGUGGUGGGCAACGUGGUGGUGAUGUGGAUAAUCUUGGCCCACAAGAGAAUGAGGACCGUGACCAACUAUUUCCUGGUGAACCUGGCCUUUGCGGAGGCCUCCAUGGCUGCGUUCAAUACAGUGGUGAACUUCACCUACGCUGUCCAUAACGAGUGGUACUAUGGCCUGUUCUACUGCAAGUUCCACAACUUCUUCCCCAUCGCGGCUGUCUUCGCCAGUAUCUACUCCAUGACGGCAGUGGCCUUCGAUAGGUACAUGGCCAUCAUCCAUCCCCUCCAGCCCCGGCUAUCGGCCACAGCUACCAAAGUGGUCAUCUGUGUUAUCUGGGUCCUGGCUCUGCUGCUGGCUUUCCCCCAGGGCUACUACUCAACCACGAAGACCAUGCCCAACAGAGUCGUGUGCAUGAUCGAAUGGCCGGAGCAUCCCGACAAGAUUUAUGAGAAAGUGUACCACAUCUGUGUGACUGUGCUGAUCUACUUCCUCCCCCUGCUGGUGAUCGGCUAUGCAUACACAGUGGUGGGAAUCACCCUUUGGGCCAGCGAGAUCCCCGGAGACUCCUCUGACCGUUACCACGAGCAAGUCUCUGCCAAGCGCAAGGUGGUCAAAAUGAUGAUCAUCGUGGUGUGCACCUUUGCCAUCUGCUGGCUGCCCUUCCACAUCUUCUUCCUCCUGCCCUAUAUCAACCCGGAUCUCUACCUGGAGAAGUUUAUUCAGCAGGUCUACCUGGCCAUCAUGUGGUUGGCCAUGAGCUCCACCAUGUACAACCCUAUCAUCUACUGCUGCCUCAAUGACAGGUUCCGUCUGGGCUUCAAGCAUGCCUUCCGGUGCUGCCCCUUCAUCAGUGCCGGCGACUAUGAGGGGCUUGAAAUGAAAUCCACCCGAUACCUCCAGACCCAAGGCAGCAUGUAUAAAGUCAGCCGCCUGGAGACCACCAUCUCCACAGUGGUGGGGGCCCAUGAGGAGGAGCCGGAAGAUGGCCCCAAGGCCAUGCCCUCAUCCCUGGACCUGACCUCCAAUGGCUCCUCUCGCAGCAACUCCAAGACCAUGACAGAAAGUUUCAGCUUCUCCUCCAACAUGCUCCCCUAGGCCGCGGGGUGUCAGCAGAUGCAGCCACCACCGUCUUUGUCCUGUUUCACUUCUCACAUGGAUAUUUCCUUCAUCUGGAGACCAUCAGAAACUCUGUAACUUUGGAGCUUGAGGAAAGAGGAAGAACGGUUUAGAAAAAAACAUUCCAUUCUGGAGUGAAAAACUCUGGUUUCUUCCCUGUCUUUGCCACCCAUAUGCUAUGUGACUCAAAGUAAAUCACUGAACUUCUCUGAGCCCGUAAAAUGAGCAGGUUGGUCUAAACUUUCCCUAAAGUCCAUUUCAUGAUGGUGGAAGUGACCUCAGCAGCAUGUGAGAGCAUCUUUCAGGAUAAAUUCUGCAGCGGAGCCACACACCCAACUGGCUCGCUUGCCCAGAGCCGCGUCUUCCUUCAGUAAAGUCAUUCACAGUGGGGCUCAGAUUAGUCUCCUUCAGCUGGGGCUCACUUCAUAGCAGUCUUCACUGGACAGCAUGAAUGAAAGAAGGUGCCACAUAAAAUCUGAAUGAAAGAUUUAACCCAGUCUUCUAAGCAUUUGUGAAAAGAAGACAUACAUCUGUCCGUUUCUAGCAUCUCAGUAUUUCAAUUCAUUUAAAUAUCGUGGAAUUGAGAGGCUCAGGUUCUUCCUCAGCAACCACGCUGAGCAAAUGAAGCAGGCAAAAUAUGUCCCCUGAUACCAGAUAACGACUGUUACAGACCAAGGGUCGGGAGACCUGUGCCAUGCUUAAUCUGUCUGAGCCUCUUUCCUUAUUUGUAAAACAAUGGGACUGAACUACCUAACUUAAUUGUCCGUUCAAAUCUUAACAUUCCAUGAUUCAGUGAUUGGUAUG